CCGACCUGCCAAGGAGGGGCUGGGCUGAGAACCCAGCUGCUGCUGGCUGGGGCUUCCGAGACUUCCUUGUUGGGAGUCCCUGCCUGGUCGCAGCCGGACUCGUGUAGCCUCGCUGUCCUUUCUGGGACCGCUAGCCCCGUGUGUAGGUAGCAGCGGCAACCCCGGUCCGUCGCUCUCCCUUUCAGCAUAGAUCCUUCCCUGCACUCUCUAACAUGCCCAACCCCAGCAGCACCUCCUGUCCCAACCCCCUCCCCGAGGAAAUUAGGAACCUGUUGGCAGAUGUUGAAACAUUUGUAGCGGACAUACUGAGAGGAGAAAAUUUAUCCAAGAAAGCAAAGGAAAAGAGAGAAUCCCUUAUUAAGAAGAUAAAAGAUGUAAAGUCUAUAUAUAUUCAGGAAUUUCAAGACAAAGGUGAUACAGAAGAUGGAGAUGAAUAUGAUGACCCUUUUGCUGGGCCUGCAGACACCAUUUCAUUAGCUUCAGAAAGAUAUGAUAAAGAUGAUGAAGCCCCCUCUGAUGGAAACCAGUUUCCUCCAAUUGCAGCACAGGACCUUCCUUUUGUUUUAAAGGCUGGCUACCUUGAAAAACGCAGGAAAGAUCACAGCUUUCUGGGAUUUGAAUGGCAGAAACGGUGGUGUGCUCUCAGUAAAGCAGUAUUCUAUUACUAUGGAAGUGAUAAAGACAAACAACAGAAGGGUGAAUUUGCAAUAGAUGGCUACAAUGUCAGAAUGAAUAACACUCUUAGGAAAGAUGGAAAGAAAGAUUGCUGUUUUGAAAUCUCUGCUCCUGAUAAACGUAUCUAUCAGUUUACAGCAGCUUCUCCCAAAGAUGCUAAAGAAUGGGUACAGCAGCUGAGAUUUGUGUUACAAGAUAUGGGAUCUGAUAUUAUUCCUGAGGAUGAUGAUGAGAGAGGAGAGGUAUAUGAUGAUGUUGAUCAUCCUCUGCCAAUCAGCAGUUCACCAGCAAGCACUCAACCAAUUGAUGAUGAAAUUUAUGAAGAACUUCCAGAAGAGGAAGAGGACAGUGCUCCGGUGAAAGUGGAGGCACAAAGGAAGACAAGUCAGGACAGUGUUCAUCACACCACAGGAGAUAAAAGCACUGAUUAUGCUAAUUUUUACCAAGGCCUGUGGGACUGCACAGGCUCUCUCUCUGAUGAGUUAUCAUUUAAACGUGGAGAUGUGAUUUACAUUCUUAGCAAGGAAUACAAUAGAUAUGGCUGGUGGGUAGGAGAAAUGAAGGGAGCCAUUGGCUUGGUGCCGAAAGCCUACAUAAUGGAGAUGUAUGAUAUUUGAGAGUCCUGGGCAGGAAAAAAAAAAUCAACAUUUCACCUGAAGAAAUGAUUAAAACACAACUUUCCACUUUGGCGGCCUAUAGAAAAGGAAUAUUAUGACAGUCUGUGAAUGUUCUGGAUUUAGAAUCAUCAUGAGUGACAGCUCAUAACCUUUCUUUGUUUUAUCGAACAUAAUUCAUCUCUGACUGUUAUUGUAUGCAUGCAUUAUAACAUUCCAUUAAUGUCAAAUUAAAUGAAGGAUAUUAAUGUAAAUUAGAUGCAAGCAGUAAAGUUUUACCUGUUGCUAUUUUGUAAAGAAAUGAUUGUCAUUUGUAUUUACUCACUUGAUUUAUGUAAGGAAUUCAGCACUGUUUUGCGUAUACUACAUGGUUAUUGCUACUUCUUAUCUGAGUUGUGAUUUCUCUUAUUAUCAGAUUCAGUUGUUCUUUAAAAUAUAACAUAAUUUCAUAGAAAUUUUAACUGAAUAGAUCAUGCAAGGUUUUUGGUUGAUGUUAUCUAAAGAAUAUAACUUUAUGAAAGGUUCGUAGAUGACAUGGUAUACUACUUAUUUUCACACAAUAAUAGUAUUUUCAUAAAAGUGUUCUACUGAUUAUUAAAUUUACGCAUAACAGUAUCCACAAAUAAGAAGAGUAGAAAUUAUGUCUUUAAAUGCAAUACAUUUUUAUUUAAAUUUACUAAAAACUCAUAAGAAACUCUAUCCUGCCAUUAGUUUAGUGGUAUAAAGAAGUUCAAAACAAGAAGGCAUAACUUAGCCCUCUCUUACCUUCUUUGAUCAUUGCUAUGCUGUUACAGUCCCACCACCGAACAACAGAACUCCAGACCUGAGUUACUCUCUAAAUUCCUCAGAACAAAGAAAUGAUAAUAAAUAAAUAAAUAAAUAAAUAAAUAAACCCAGAAAAGAAAAUGUAGUAAUCACAGUGGGAUCAUGUACUGUAGGUAUGUGAAAGGGUAACAUUUACAUGAGGUUAGAGUUAUGUGCUGUGCUGCCUGAGCAUGGUUUAUGAGAAUUAUAUAAUUGUAUUUUCAUUUGAAGUUAAAGGUAUUUUAAAUGCCUGUGAGGUACCAGUGUAGCAUAAGCAAAAGUAUAUAUUGAAAUGUACUGGUUAUUGCAUAAUAAUUUGGAGUGCUUACUGCUUCCUGAUACUGAAUCACUGACUAGUAGGUAUAAUCUUUGUUUUGUUUUUCAGAUCUUUUAUUUUAUAAAGAAAA